AUGGAAAAGGGCUGCCAGUAUGCGUGCUGUCGUUCAAAGGAAAGAAACCUUACCUUAGGGAAUCCGGCACAACUUGCCACCACAGGUGGAGGAGGUGGUGGAGCAGGGACGGGGUUUUCGCCUCGUGCAGGUGCUGUGCUUAAAUUUCGUUUUGGAAGAGUUGGAUCCGCACAUGUUGUGGCAACAGCAGAUCCUACAAAUAAACUUCUAAUUUCCCUUGUCCGCUUAUCCUAG